AUGCAGAGGAUGUCUGAAGAAGUUUUUAAGAAGUUCUUGGUAUUCCUGGCGAGUAACCUUGAUGAGAACAAAGAGCUGCUAAUGUUGGUACAAAAGCGUUCAGAUUCAGACUUCUUCAAAAAGGUCAAACGAAACAGUAACAAAAAAUAUUUGAAUGAUCUUUCUUCUGUCAAGUCUGAUAGUCCAAAUGAUGUUGAUGCUAGUAACUCGUCAUUCUCAUCUACAGUUAAGAAAACAGAGGAAAAUUCGAAGAUGGGGAUGGGCAAGUCUAGUGACAAACCCUGGCCAAUUUCGGAUGAGGAAUCGUUAUCACUGGACUCUGUUAGGUCGGAGACAAAAUCUUCGGACAACUCUGAUUUACCUUUGUAUUUGAACUCCAAAUUCUCCCAGGAACCAGAGUCUGUUUCCAUUGAUUCAGUAUCAUCAGAGUCUAAAUGUUCACGAUUGACUUCUUCUCCAAGCACCAGUAAAUUAAGCCUUAAUCUGAAAACUAAUACCCCCUUGCCUAAGUCUUUGUCUGAAAAUGCAAAAUCUGCUACUGAACUCUCUCAGGACCAUGUGUCUGAGGCUGUACCAGAGACACAUGUUGUAAUUGAUGAUGAGGUUUCUUGUUCUGACCAUUCAUUGCCUUCUGAAACUCAGGUACCAUCCAUUACUGAAACAAAAAAUACAGUCACUCUGGAGAAGGCUGAAAGCAUUGAAAAUAUGGAAGGCCAGAAGAGAAAAAAAGGCUCUGAACGACAAAUUAAACGCCUGGAAAAACUCCUUGGAGAUAUCCGUGAUGAGAUAGAAAAUGCUACUAAGAAAGAACUCAGCAUGGAAGACAUGGAACAAGAUGAUUCAAGUUAUGUGUAUGAAGAUCGAUUACAGAAAAAAUUUGUUAAAGUUUGGGAAAAACUCUGUGAGUUAAAAAGUCAGGACACAAGUACAGGAAGACCUAUUGAAAAAAAAUUUCGUUUUAAUGGUACUCGGUAUACAGAAGUCAAUAAAAGAAUUGAGAAGUUUAUUAAUAAAAAAAAAAUAUUUCCAGAUUAUAAUGAUGUAAAAAAGAUUGUUACCCAAGUAAACAGUCAUUAUAAUUUAUAUUUAGGAAGAUCAGCUAUUGAUGAUUUGGCAAGAGAAGCUUUUACGGACGUUGGUAAUCAGCUUCAAGACAGACGACAUAAAAAUUUUAUUUUUACUUUUGGCAACAGUCAAACUGAAGUAUGCAGUAUUGCAGAAGAUCCUGCUUUAUAUGACACUGAACUUAGAAAAAAACUUGAAGAAAACAGAAAAUUGGCAAAGACUCGACUUGAUGAGGUGAUAUCAAAAUAUGCUAAAAAGCAAUACGAGACAAAUGCUCAACCAGAAGAAGUUGAUGAUGAUGCACUUGAUUCUUCAUCUGAAGAGGAAGAAGAUGAAACACAAGACAUUCCAGAGUUAGAUGAAGUAAUGGCAUUAAGUGAUGGCGAUGACGAUGAAGUCUCUGAGAUUCCAGGAAAGACCUCAGCAAAUUUAGGAAUGCCUUUGACUAAGAACUUAAAAAUCAAAAUUGAAAAGUUGACAGUACCACCUGCUAUACUCAUUGAAAAGAAGUCUGUCCCAUCAUCUACUUCUUCCUGUCAUUCAACAACAGCAAGUCCACAGGAUGUCAAACAAAAUGACACCCUUACAACAGCAGCAAUACCAAAUACGGGUCUGAAACAACUUUCACCACAUAAAUCGGCCAACUUGAACACGGCAAAAAAAUCUACGACAUCUCUUUCUGGGCUAGUUUUCUCUCUUGAUUACUACCAAGAUCCAGUUCAAGUUUAUCCUGUUUUUCCAUGUAGCUCUGAUAAAUUGCAUCAUUCUUGUUGGGGUGGGGGUCAGUUGGAGAUGGGAUUGCUAUCCUUCCUCCCCCUCCCUUUCACUUUUUGUUUUGACCCUUCUUUCCUACUUGAAAUGUAG